UGUCAGCGCUGCUUCCGGUCCGUGGCGCUGCGCUCUGGCCGAGCCAGGUCAGUCCGGGAGUGUGAGCUGGCCCACCCCGGGCUCUGGGCUCCGAAGCCAGGGGUGGGCCCUGCCAGGAGUGGGCUUGAGCCUCGCACGUCUUUUGAAACUACCCUGUGCUCUGCCUUUGCGGCGCGACGGGCAUGGGAGCGGGGCUGCCCAAAGGUGGGCUGGGGCUGGAGGAAGUGACUGGGUAGCUGCUGUGUGUCUGUCCUGAGGCCGUAAGGCCCCUGACCCCACCCUUGGAGCUGGCGACGGAGAGAGCCUGUUUCCCCUAGACAGUAGUGUAGGUUCCAGAGACCUGGGCCUGAGCUCUCCGCUUUGGUACUUCAGGGGUCGUCUGGAUUGUGCCGGACCUGCGACCCUGCCGUUGUUUUCUUUCCAGCAUGAUCCGCUGGGCUCCCGGCACAUCUCCUGGAAGAGCCCACUCACUCUGGACGAGCUCUUCGGUAGCCUCAGAUCGUCCUUGAAGAGGAUGACUGAGACAUUAUGGGCCACGCGCUGUGUGUCUGCUCUCGGGGAACUGUCGUCAUUGACAAUAAGCGCUACCUCUUCAUCCAGAAACUGGGGGAGGGUGGGUUCAGCUAUGUGGACCUAGUGGAAGGGUUACAUGAUGGACACUUCUACGCCCUGAAGCGAAUCCUGUGUCACGAGCAGCAGGACCGGGAGGAGGCCCAGCGGGAAGCCGACAUGCAUCACCUCUUCAAUCACCCCAACAUCCUUCACCUUGUGGCUUACUGUCUGAGGGAGCGGGGUGCUAAGCAUGAGGCCUGGCUGCUGCUACCAUUCUUCAAGAGAGGUACACUGUGGAAUGAGAUAGAAAGGCUGAAGGACAAAGGCAACUUCCUGACUGAGGAUCAAAUCCUUCGGCUGCUGCUGGGGAUCUGCAGAGGCCUAGAGGCCAUUCAUGCCAAGGGUUAUGCCCACAGAGACCUGAAGCCCACCAAUAUAUUGCUUGGAGAUGAAGGGCAGCCAGUUUUAAUGGACUUCGGUUCCAUGAAUCAAGCAUGCAUCCACGUGGAGGGCUCCCGCCAGGCCCUGACCCUGCAGCUCUGGGACCACUGUUCCAGGACUGGGCAGCCCAGCGGUGCACCAUCUCCUACCGAGCCCCAGAACUCUUCUCUGUGCAGAGUCACUGUGUCAUCGAUGAACGGACUGAUGUCUGGGCAUUCUUCAGCAUUGCGGCAGCUCCUGGCCUCGAUGAUGACCGUGGACCCACAGCAGCGUCCUCACAUUCCUCAACUCCUCAGUCAGCUGGAGGAGCUACAGCCCCCAGCUCCUGGCCAGCACACUACCCAAAUCUGAAAAAACAGUGGCAUGUUGAGAAGGUGAUCCCUCAUGCCUUAGAA